AUGCAAGAUAAUCUAAGUAGUCAUGCACCUUGGUACAAGACACCAAGGGAAUGUUAUCAAUAGAACAACAACCUGUCCUAAAAGCAAAAAUUUGGUUGCCUGGAUUACCAUGGCAAGGGCUCAAUCUUGCCAGACAACGAGAAUUGUACUUGUAGGGAUAUGCUGUAAUAUAUUGAUCUCUCACAGUUGAUGGUGGGCAACUGAACAAGCUUGCGUUGCCUACAUAUUUAAAGGUAGAAGAAGAACCAAGGUCGAAAAUGUCUCCGUCCAAGCAAUCAGGUGCAAGUUCUGCUUCAAUUGUCUGUGAUUUGUAGUUAAUCUCUGUAACAAAGAGCUUAGAUGAUGAUGGCAUCUGAAGUAGUGUCUGGUUGUCGUUGGUGCAUGCAAGAUCAAAGCCCGGGGAACCACAUUGGACCGGUUGCCUACCUUUCAGUCGAAAUGGGAACCGGAUAGCUGGGCCAUCGCUGCUACAUCUUGUUUCUGUGCAAUUUUCACGACCUACUCCUCCACCAUGCACAACAUCUACAUCUACAAAUAUCAGGAGCAACCAGAAGAAGAAACUCAUAGUUAGAAGCAUUUCCAAAGAUGAAACUGAUUACUAGCUAGCUUCCUUCUUUGUCUGAAACUCAAUAGUACAGUUAGGACUUUUAUGGAAGAUAUGGGCCCUACUCACCUUCGCAGAAAUCAUGCAUGCAUACAGAUAUCAAGUGGCUCAGCAUUGACUUGACUAGCACAUCCCAAUCAGUCAUCACUAGAUAUUUUUCUUCUUUCCAAAUACCAAUAUAUAGGCUCUUAAUUAAUAACAUUCUCGUUCUUGUUCUCCUUCCCCUUCUUUAUGAUCAUGUUUAGAACAGCAAGUCUUCUAUUUUCUGUUCACACAGUUUCUCUUCUUUUUCUUCCGCUUUCAAGUCGUUCGCAAACUUCCGGGGCCACUUCCGAAUGUACUUCUUCUUGUGGCAACAUUAAGAUAAGCUCUCCAUUUCGUUUACAAGGAGAUCCUGGACACUGCGGCGACAAGAGCUAUGAAUUAUCUUGUGAGGCAGACUGUACCAGUCAAUCUCAUCACGCCGUAUUAUACUUGUUUUCAGGAAAAUAUUACGUACAGGCAAUCAAUUACAAUAAGUACACGAUCCGACUCAUGGAUGCUGGUGUUCACAAGACCAAGGACAACUACUUCUCCAACCCAGUUUACCCUUUAGCCGUCUUCAACUUUAGUUCUUAUUUUACUCCUUACAGCUUACACUACUCACAUUUUAAUCCGCCAGAUAAGAGAUAUGAGCAGGAUGAGAAGUACCUAACAGUGCCUCUAAUUUUCCUGAGCUGCACAAAUCAAAAGAAUUAUUCCGAUCUCUUUGUUGAAGCAGCUCCAUGCAUCAAGAGUACCGGCAUCCAAUCUUCCUCUGAUCCAUCCCUAUCCACAGUGUAUUCUUAUUUCAUGCUUGGGCGCUUGAAUGAUUAUGGCCACCCAAAAGUCUUGAGUCCGGCUGAUUGGGGGUUGUCCUGCAAAAUAACACUCAUGGCUCUUGUGUCCCCCCUCCCACUCCCAUUGACAAGUACAGCAAGACGUGUCAAGGCAUAUAUAAACAACUAGCAUAUGGCUUUGAACUCUCCUGGCUUGGCUAUGGAUGUGCAAAUACAAAAUGCGGACCAGAUGAAAGCUGUGCGUUGAACAUAAACAUAACCGGAUUAGAGUGCCGUUCUUAUAGGUAAACAAUUGCCAAACCUGAAAUUCUGCAAGAAAGUCCAUUCACUAAAUAGUCGUUGGCGGGACAAUUUUAUUAUACUGUUGGAUCGAAGUUUACAGUUUAAAUAAAUGUUUGUCAGAAAAUUAAUUACUGUUGUCCUUCGCACAAUGAAGUUAAUUAAUUUACCUUCUAUAAAUGAAAUUAUUUGCUGCUAUUACAUAUAGAAGUGAAGCAAAGAUUAAUUUUUAUUUUAUUUUUUUAAUAAUCAAGAAAGAAACUAGCUAAAUUUUUUAAUACAGCUUGAUUUUCUCUCUUUCCUUCGUCCCUGGUUUUUUCUCCUCCGCAGGUUUGAAAGUCGGCGGUGCUUUCUCCACCCUCCAUGUGUGGUUUUUGCUUAGGCUUGUCCCAAAUCUUAGGUUUUAUGCCUCUUUUUUUUAUUUCUUUCCUGUUUUCUUGUUUUCUUCUUCAAAACGAAGGGAUUGUUCCCUUUUGGUGUUUUCUUUGAUGUACCCUUUUCAGCCCCAAUUUUCCUAUUACCAGAUCUAGUUUUUCUCUCAGAUCCGUUUCAUUCCUUGGUUAUUCCUGAAAACAGCGAUUUUCUCCGUUCUGGAGUCGGUUCAUGAAGAUCAUAAGAUUCAUCACAUCCAGAAUCCUAUACCUCUUGCCAUCUCUAUCUAACUACCGUUAUUAUCAUUUCGACAUGGAUUACCAGCUGCUUCUGGUCUCUGUGGUCAUUUACAGCGGAGUGUUCCAAGCAGUGAAACUAUCCUUUGGCCUUCCAUUUAUAACUGCAUUACUAAUAUACAAAUGGCGAAGGAGGCACUUCUCAAUGUAUGACAAUAUAGAAGACUUUCUGCAGAGUGACAAUAAUCUCAUGCCAGUAAGGUACUCUUACUCAGAAAUCAAAAAGAUGGCUAGCGGAUUCAAGGACAAAUUGGGUGAAGGAGGCUUUGGCACCGUGUACAAGGCAAAGCUCCGCAGUGGUCGCCUUGUGGCCAUCAAGAUUUUGAGCAAGUCCAAAACUAAUGGGCAAGAUUUUAUCAAUGAGGUUGCUACUAUCGGAAGGAUUCGCCAUGUUAACGUGGUGCGACUUAUAGGCUUCUGUGUUGACCAUUCAAACCGUGCACUUAUUUAUGAUUUCAUGUCAAAUGGCUCUCUUGACAAGUACAUUUUUUCUCAGCAAAGUGCUAUCUCCUUAAGCUGUGAGAAAAUAUUUGAGAUUGCAGUUGGAGUGGCUCGUGGAAUCCAGUAUCUCCAUCAAGGAUGUAACAUGCGAAUUUUGCAUUUUGACCUCAAGCCUCACAACAUUCUUCUUGACGAGAAUUUUACUGCCAAGAUUUCUGAUUUUGGAUUAGCAAGGCUAUACCCAUUGGAUAACAGCAUUGUGUCUUUGACUGCAGCAAGAGGAACCAUAGGAUAUAUGGCUCCAGAGUUAUUCUACAAAAACAUUGGAGGUGUAUCAUACAAAGCAGAUGUGUAUAGUUUUGGUAUGCUAAUGUUGGAAAUGGCUGGUAGAAGGAAGAACUUGAAUGCAGCCAUAGAUCAUUCAAGCGAAUUUAGCCAAAUCUACUUUCCUACAUGGGUUUCUGAUCAAUUGAAUCAAGGGAAGGAGAUCGAAAUCGGAGAUGCCACUGAAGAUGAAAUGAAAAUCAUUAAGAAGAUGAUCAUAGUGGCAUCGUGGUGCAUACAAAUGAAGCCUAUUGAACGCCCUUCAAUGAGCAAAGUAGUACAAAUGCUUGAAGGAGAAAUUGAGAGCCUCCAAAUACCUCCAAAGCCUUACUUAUAUCCACAGCAAAUAACUGUAGAUGAUGUUGAGGAUAAUUUAAGUGCUACACAUGCAUCAAGAAUGACAGAAUCUACAGAGCUCAAUUUGAGUGCAGAUGCAAAUUAAGUGAAUUUAUAUCUGUCAAUAUGUGGAUGCAAGGGCCAUGAAACUUCUCUAUAAAUCGAUAGCAUAAAAACAUUUUUAGUUUGUUUUAAUGUAUGAAUACAACUAAAUUUAACUUUGAUUGCUGUCUUGAUAUG